AUGACCAAAUCGACUCGUGAAUGCUGCACAAGGAUUCGAGUGCAGCAUUCCCGAGUCAAUUUGGUCAUCGAUACCUACAUGCAUCUCAUCUCAAAUAGCCUCAAUACAACGACUUUCAAAAACUUUCGUGCUUAUGAUUUACAAGUAUCUUGGCUUAAAUGUGUUUUCAAGUAUGCGUCUGUUUUGGAGAGGUUGGAUAUCAGGUUAUCUAAGCUAGGGGAUAUGAAUAGGAUUACAAAGGGCAUGAACGAAUUGGAGAAUUUUGAAAAGGAGGCCACAGCUUGUGUCAUCAAGUUCUUAUGA